CUUCGUAUUUACCUCUUGAUCUGUCUAUUCUGACAUACGUGUUACAGAUAAGAAUCACAAAUAGUGUCUUGUCAACUGCUUGAUAAAAUGGAAGACGAGGGGGCGUCGUCUAUGAGUUCUGAAGACAAAGUUCAAGAAGCAAAGUCGUUCCAGGAGAUGUUGCCGGCUGAUGCGAACGUGCCGCUACUGCCAGGAGAGAGACACGUGUGUGGAGUUACUAAGAAUGUGACAUAUCUCUGCCCAUUUAUGGGUCCAAUUCGAGGGCAGCUGUUUAUCACAAACUACAAGCUUUAUUUUCAUGGUUACGACGGGGAACCAGUGUUUACACUUGAUGUUCCUUUGGGGGUUAUAUCACGUGUGGAGAAGAUUGGGGGCUCGACUAGUCGGGGUGAAAAUGCAUACGGUUUGGAGAUCUAUUGUAAGGAUAUGAGGAAUUUAAGGUUCGCACAUAAACAAGAGAAGCAUUCAAGACGACUCGUUUACGACAAACUUAUGAUGUUUGCAUUCCCUCUUUCAUCGGGAAAGAAACUGUUUGCAUUUGAUUACUUGGAAAAGUUUGGUGAAGCAAUUGGUUGGGGUGUUUAUGAUAUUGAAAAGGAGUUUCGCAGACAGGGAGCACUGAAUGAUGGCUGGAGGUUGAGUCGAGUGAACGAAGGCUACGCUAUUUGCGACACGUAUCCCGAGUUGUUAUGUGUUCCAGCAGCUGCUACUGAUGAUAGUUUGCAGCAAGUUGCUGCUUAUAGAAGCAGAGGGAGAAUUCCUGUGUUAUGUUGGAUUCACAAAGAGAAUCGAGCAUCUAUUACACGUUGCAGUCAACCAAUGGUUGGAAAACUUGGCAAGAGAUGUAAAGAAGAUGAGAGGAUGCUGCAACGUAUCAAGGAAGUUACACCUGGUUCUAACAAGCUUUACAUUAUCGAUGCUCGUCCAAAGCUAAAUGCCGUGGCAAACAUGGCUCGAGGUGGUGGUUACGAAGAUGAUUCUUAUCAAGGAUGUGAGCUUGUUUUUAUGGAUAUUGCAAAUAUUCACGUUGUUAGAGAAAGCAAGAAGAAAUUACAAGAUAUCUGUUUUCCAUCUGUUGAUGACACUCAUUGGUUGUCUAAUCUGGAAUCAACAAGAUGGCUUGAACACAUUAAGAGUAUUCUUGCUGGAGCCGUUCGUAUUGUUGAUCUUCUUGAGCGAUGGAGAACGUCAGUUGUCAUCCAUUGCUCGGAUGGAUGGGACAGAACAGCACAGUUGUCUGGUUUGGCUCUUCUUAUGCUCGAUCCAUACCAUCGAACUAUUGAUGGAUUUCAGGUACUUAUUGAGAAAGAAUGGAUCAGUUUGGGUCACAAAUUUCAACAGCGAUAUGGACAUGGUGAUUCUAAGUAUAGUGAUGACCAGAGGGCUCCCAUCUUUCUUCAGUUUAUGGAUUGUGUGUGGCAAAUUACAAAGCAAUUCCCUUGUGCUUGUCAAUUCAAUGAACAUUAUCUUGUAACAAUACUUGAUCAUCUGUACAGUUGCUUGUUUGGUACUUUUAUGUGUAAUAAUGAGGCUCAACGAAAGAAAGAGCAAGUACGAGAGAAGACGGUGUCAUUGUGGUCAUUCAUUAACAGUCAACAGAUUGAGUACAUCAACCCUCUUUACUCUCCAGAGCUUCACAACCACGUUUUAUUCCCUGUUGCCAGCAUGAGACGUUUGGAACUAUGGAAAAGUUAUUAUCUUAGAUGGAAUCCACGAUUCAGGCCUCAGGAAUCUGAACACGAACGGAACAGGAACUGUUCAAGUUGUGUCAACUGCUCCGCGAUAAAUGCAAGGAGCUGGAACAAGAAGCAGAUGCAAGAGCAGAAAUGUCUCUGCCUGUGCAAGUGUGAUGGUGUGUGAUAUUAAAUGGUUUCUUAUACCCGUUGUCAGUGCAAGACGAGUCUACUGACAGAAGGGGUAUUAUGUAGACAUGCACACUUGGAUAGAACUUGUUAUGUGACUUUCAGGUUAACUUCUCACCUUUACUUUCUGAAUCGAGGACAUCAACUUCUUUGUUGCUAAUUAUAGUUUUAUUUGAGGUUUCACAUUUGUUAUGUACUUGAUAUUUUACUUAAGAUAAUACGAUUUGUUUAUGUAACAACUAGUUAACCACAUUCAGUUGAUGAUUUGUGUGGCAGCAGGUUACAUAGUUAACUAGAGCUUGAGUACACACUCGCUCAUGUUCAUGUGUGUGUGUGUGAGUGUGGAAAUGUGAUGUUUUGAAACACUGAAAUAGGA